CAACGAUCCCUCCGAGCAUUGAAGUCACUGAGACUACGGCGAAACUACCCCUACAAAACCAACGACUUGUUGAGUGGAAAGAACGAACAGGAUGCGGCGCACAAGACACGUUGCGCUGCCAGUAAGGGCUUGGCAAUAUAUUGGUCUUCUGAUAGUGUCACUGGCCUGUCUGACACUAGGCCUGGUAUCUCGGGACAAGGAAGGCCGUGCUGGAAGUCUUGCAGGACCGGAACUACAACAUCAAGCUCCCCAUGAAGUGGAUGCCUGUCCAAAUUUCAGUCCCUUCACCAAGAUGCCUUCUUAUGCGAACCUCGACCAGGUUCAAACCAGCGUUCCAAAGGCAUCUCUAGCGACCAGAACCACUAGGGCUGGUCCCCUACCGGAUGCUCUCAGGAUCUCUCGAUCACGAAGCUUGGAUCGUGACUCCCGUAACCGUCUGCAAUCAAGAAGAGACUCUAGGAGACUGACCAGUCGAGAGACAACCGAUUCCUCCAGGCUCGGGACCAGAAAUCAAGACUCCCAGAGACGUUCAUCCGAUCAGAUUCGACUUUCUAGAUCCAUGGAUUUCGAUGGUCGUCUCGCCACACGAUCCUUGGACCGUAGAUCACGUAACACCGAACAUAGAUCGGCUGUCGAUCGUCGUGAAAAUCGUGAAGCCCUUGCACGCAGGAUUUUCGAACGACAAGCAAAAUCGAACGAUCGAUUUGACGUCAGGGAUCGUAUAUCGUAUUCCGUGGAACGACGAGAGUUAACAUCAAAUCGUGGAAUGAGACAGGAAGACCGUCGAGAGAUUCGAGAACGUAGAUCACGAUCCCUGGAUCGUCGAGAACCGGUAAUGGAACGUCGUAUUCGCGAGAAACAGGAGAUCGUUCGCGAGGAUCGUCGAAGGAACUUGGUAAAUCGAAUGGAUAGACGGGCUGAAGAUCGACGAUCCUCUGUUCGAUCAGAUCUCGAAGAAAACCGUGGAAACGUUCGAUCUUCUCUGGACAUCAGACGCAAUUCUGUCGCUUCAAGGGAUCAAAAUAGGCGAUCCGUUCGAACCAGGCAACCUGAUUCUGGAUCACGUGGUACGGAACGAACAACCAGACAAUAUUCUCGAUCCCUUAAUCGUCAGAACUCGCGAAUUACAAACGAUCUAUCUGAACGAAGACUGUCGAAGAGAUCCGUGAGCCUAGAGGAACGUCGCGAACGAAAUUUCAAUUCUCGAACACGAUCCAUGGACCUUGGAUCCACCGAUUCUCGUCGUGAAAGGAUCGAUCGUUCCCCAAGGACCACAGACAAUCGAAAUCGUGUACAAUUGACAACCAGACGGGACUCUAGAAUCGAUUUGGACCGUAGAUCCCUUGUACGAUCGGAGAGACGCCAGGGAAGCAGCGAACGAAGGGAAAGAACUAGUGGAUUGGAUCAUCGAUCGGACGCUAGAUCGAACGAAAGACGAGAAUCUUCUGUUCUGAGAUCGUUUGAACGAUCUAGACUCGACAAUACCGAUCGCAGAGAGAGGACAAAUCGAUUUGCUCGUCUUGCUAGAUCCUCUGAAACUGUUAAACGCGACGUGGAUCGACGUGCCAGGGAUCUAUCUCGCGAUCGACGAACAGAACGUAAAGGACUUCUAGAUUCUAGAUCUAUGGAACAACGAUCUAACGAUAACGAUCUGAAUCGACGAGAAGCCAGGGCCGACAGAUCAGAACGCAGGAGAUCCACCGAUUUCGAUUCUGUGAAUCGUCGAGAAAUCAGGACUGAUCGUUCAAGGAUCAACAAUUCCGAACGUAGAGAAAGGAUCAGUCGAUUAAACGUAGCCCGUGACAUGCGUGAAUCACGAACUCGUCUUGCCGUGGCUACCGAAUCCCCUAAACGCGACCUGGAACGACGAGUUAGGGAUCUAUCCAGUGAUCGACGAUCCGAACGCAGAGUAACUGUGGAUUCUAGGUCCCUCGAGUCUGGAGAACGUCGAGAAAUUAGUGUGGAUCGUUCCAGGAUCGAUAAUUUGGAACGACGAGGUGGUUCUAGAUUAAUCUCAGCUAGUCGAGCUCGAAUCGAUUCGGCUAGGACAUCUAAACGCGACCUGGAGCGACGAGUAAGGGAUCUAUCCAGUGAUCGGCGGUCAGAACGGAGGGCUAUUGUUGAUUCAAGACGAUCCAUGGACAGGAAAUUCCAGGACAAUGCCAGUAAUCGCAGAGAAAUCAGGACUGACGAAAGGUCAGAGCGUCGAGCAGCACUCGUAGAAUCCAGAAGGUCCUCUAGAUCGUUCAAUUCUAUCAAUCGUGAGGAAACUAGAACUGAUCGUCGUGCUUCAGAGCGAUCUACACUUCGUUCAGACCGUCGAGAAAUAUCGAAUCGCAUCGAUUUAGCCCGUGAAUCGCGUAUUCCCGUCGCCAGGACAUUGGAACGACGAGCUAGAGAUCUAACCCGUGAUCGUAGAUCAGAACGCCUCGCCGAGAAGAUUGACAGGAACUUGGACUCGAAACGAUUCCUACGACAAAAGAUUAAUGUUAAUCGAUCGCAGCAACGUAUCGGUGAUCUUUCGAAUGAUAUACAACUGAGACAAAGACUGAUAACUCCUCGAAGAUCCUUGAACGAUGCCAGACGAUCCCGCCAAGUGGAUCAGCAGGUCUAUCGAGACUCAAGGAAAGAUUCGAUGGACUCUCUUCGUGAUCCUAAAUCCUUCACUCGUGGAAGCUUGAACCGUGUCGAUGAUGUCCCUUCGAGGAUGAAGACUCUGGGUACGCCGGAGAUCAUGAAAGCAGACAGUUCAAUGAUGAACAGCAUGACCGUUGAAGUAGUACGCCAGGCAAUUGUGAUUGGUCUCUGUGCUGUCUACGGUCUAUCCAUAUUUAAUGGGAAACAGUCUUUCAUUAGUAACGUGAUAAGGCAGGCUCCACGCUUCAUCCUAUGGUAAACGAAGAAGUCCACUCGUCGAGGAUAAACAACGAUCCGCUACUUCCAACAUCCGCUUUCUAGUCGUUGUUAUUAGUGUAAUAGUCCCGCACCGUUGUAAUCGCAACAAUCUUCGAUAUGUAUAUUAAUGUACAGCCCAAUGUAUCCGAU